AUGCGGAGACGCCACAAGCAAGGUAAAUCUUGUCCCUUCAGUGUCUUCUUGCUUAUCCUACAAGUGUUUGUUGUUUUGCUGUUUUAUCACGCGAUUGUGCUCGGUUGUGACUAAUUGUGUGCUGUCAUCGCGUGAACUCAAAUUUCAUCUUGUCACACGCUGUAGAUUUCAGCCCGCGAGGUUUGCAGAUAAAUUUUCGUUAAAAUUCUGCAAAUUAGCGGCUAUAGUUUUGUUCUUUUAAUUUUCUAGGUGUUUUGUCGGCGCAUGGAAUGCGCUCGAUGUGGGAAUUUGUUUUUGUUUCCCAGUUCCUGCGGGUAUUCCAGGGGAAGUUUGGAUUCGUCAGCUUCACUGCCGAGGUGCGCGUUUUAAUGUAAAAACGAUAGUUGUAGCAAUAAAAUCAUCCAGGUUUGGACGCCCGCUUAAGUUGUCAUUUUGUUUUGCAGUUUUCCAUGAACGAGAAAUUUUAAACGAGAUUUGUUUUUUAUAUUUGUUGAUUAAACGUUCGCUCAAUUAUACAAGUUGACCGUUUGCUGUAUUUUUGAACGGUCGGUUUGUAAUCCUGCUGUUGAAUUGUGUUGACGGGUCGUGUUACUUUAACAGGAAUUAGAAAAUGCCUUCUUGGACUCUGAGAGCUUGACCCUGUUUGGAAUAUUCACAGAAUUGCUUCGAAUCCUACUUCCAAAACAGGAUGUAAAGUGGGUGAAGUAUAAACUUGAUAUAUUUGUGUGUUUUCCUUUAAUGACGGAAGCGUGUUACUAUUAUGGCGUUAUGAAAAACUCAGCUGAUUGGACUUGUUCAUAUUGUUCGUUUCUUGUUGAAGCAGUAAAUCAUUUUAAUUAUGCCACUCUUUUCUGCUUCGAAGGACAACGACGUGGCAAGAAGUCUUCAAAGAAGAACUCCAAAAUAGAUCGUCAGAACGGAGUCCCUUUGAUGAAGGAAAAAGCUACGAUGCAUUUAGGCCCGAGGAGAGAGUGAGUGACUUACUAACUUCCAUGUUGGGUUGUUGCGUCAACCAGCGAUGUGGUUGUCUAGUUUGGUGGCCUUUGGAGGUUUUGAUAUUGAUAAGCUAAAUACUGUUAACAGAUUUAAACCAAUCAUUUUCGUAAAUUGUGCUACAAAAUAUCGCUGAGUACCAGUAUUUUCUAAAUUAUUCCGCUUUUGAAGCGUUUCGCAAAUGGCGUUCGUGUCAAGGAUCCGAAACAGUUUACAUCCGCUUCUGCUAUCACUCUUAAUUCUUUGAGAUUAUUUUCAGCUGUAAUUCUAAUUUAAGCUGGCAGUAGCUUUUGCACAAGUCAGAGCUGUCCCUUACGCUAAGGUCAAGUGGAAUGGAGAAAGAUAAUCCAUAAACUUCUUGCAAUUGGAUCCAAACGUGUGCGUAUGAAAUAAGCUCUAGCUUUGACUAUAGGUGGCCUUGAUGGCUAAACGAUAGCCUUUUGCGCUUUUAAUUUGUUAUUAAUUUCAUCCCACUCGUUGUCUGUUAUCCCACUCUGUCGUUGUGCCAUUGUUAACGUAUUGUCAGGACUGUUUUUAAUCUCAUUACAACUUUGGACCAUUGAAACAACUGUACUGUACAAAAAUCUACUUGUUUGAUUUAUAGGGAGAAAAUUGUAAAUGAAAGGCGUUACCUCCGUGAUAUUUUUCUGUAACAGUUAAGCUUAAUUGUUGUAAUUGUGACUAUAGAUAGCAUCUUCAUGCACUCACAUCCACUCGCUGUAAGUUACUAAGACUGGAUUGUACAAUUGAUUUUAUUGAUAGUUGUGAUCCGGUGACAUCCCCUUUAUACCAGGCUUAUAACGUUUUCAACGUAGAUGUAGCUAAAUUGGCUUUAAAAUUUAGUAAUUGGCAUAAUAAGCGGACAGGGAACUCAUUUUUUACAUGCUGUUUCAGUUUCGUUAUAAACUUAUUACAAAUUCAUGUGGAUGCCAUCCAUGUGAAAUGUUUCUGAAGAAGUUGUGAUCACAAAUUUAGACUUUCCUCUGUCAGAAAUUUCAGUUACAAAGAAUGUGAAAGCACUGUAGUAGAUAUCUUAAUCCUACAGAAUCCAGGCUGGUAUUUACGUAAGUUACAGUAUGACGCUUUGCGUUUUUGUAUUUCCCUAUUUAUAAAGUGCACUUCAAUAACUGCCAUCCCUUUAGCUUGGUAGCCUGGCUGUAAAUUUUGAUCAAAUCAUUAAUUAAAUGCAAAUGAUAGACCUAGGGCACUUCCAUUCAACCAAAACGUCUGGUUUGAAUUUUUGUCAACUUGAAUGGAACAGUAUUUUUUUAAAAUUUCCAAAAAAGAAGACAACCCUUGCAAGGUAUACCCAAAUUUUCGAAAAAAUUUUACCCCGAAGUUUUCUUUCCAUUCAACUUUGCUCCUGGAAUUUCUAGAAUUUUCUUUGAUGCUAUUUCCAAAAUUUUGAAAGUUUUGGUUGAAUAUAUGGAAAGCACCACUGGAGUGCUUACCAUUUGUAUGGAAAAGCCAGUAAUUCUGGGGAGAACUCAGAUGGAAUGGUUCAUCCUGGCGGAUGAAAAAUUUCAGUACCAUUUGUCUACAACUACCAGUGCCAGGCUAAUUCCGGGAAGACUGCAAUGUCCAAGAUGGACAGUUCAGGUGAUGAAACAUUGCAGGUCCAAAACCAUUAUUUUAUGAUGUGACAGCUGUUCUAUUCUUGUUGCCAUUGUUAACAAACUUCUUGCAACUCAUCUGUACAUGUAGCCGUCUAGAUGAGAAAGAUAUAAGGUUUUGGUCCUUGGUAUUUGUGUUUCAUUUUUUCAUUCAUGAUUCCUGUUGUUGAGCUUAAUGACGCAGGAAAUCACCUGCAUCUGAAACUUUUGAUCAAAUGAUAACUUUGAAUUUGUUCCAUGUUUCUUGGUGAGAAAAAGGGCAGUUCCGUUUGUCCAAAAAUGUGCCAUAAAGUCCAUUCAAAUGGUAGGCACUCCUCUUUGGCUUGUUGUUUUGUUUUCCCAAUGUGUGAUAUUACGCUGGAGAAUUGUUUCUCUGAUUCUUUUUUCUCAUUCAAGUGCACUGUUCCAAAAAUUGUUGAAACGACAAAGGUGUCAAAUUCACUGAGAACUUCACAAGACGUAUAUUAUAUUAGGAAAACAAAAUAAUAUGCAACCUUAAAAUAAGAGGUCUAUUUUGUGCUGCAAAUCACAUAGGCAUUCUCUGACAAAUAUAAUCUUAACUAAACUGAUUGUAUUAAUGGAAGGGAGUGAAUAGGGGUAUGCAAAUCGGCCAAUCCAUUAUGAUUUAUUAACCAAAUCUCCCGUUAAAAUUUCAGCCUUAAUCUAAAAUCUGGACAACAAUAUAUAUUAAUGUUUUUAUUACACGUAAAAUCAAAAAUCUAGGCCCAAAAAAUGGAUGAAUCCACAAUCUCUGCAGGAUCCAGAAAUCUGUGAAAAUCUUGUUUUAAAUCUGAAAUCUAGGCAAAAUAUUUUCAAAAUCCACCGAUUCAUUGGCCUAUUCAACCCCUCCUAAUGCAAUGAAUUUACCAUAACAGACAGCAGCCAAUAUUGCAUACAUAUAUUAUUGACAAAUUAUUUAAGACUAAGAUAGCUGGAUAUUGGCCAAGCUCUUUAUUGCAUUUAAUUUCUGUGGACCAAGACAAAGUGGAGUUUCAUGACAUGACCAAUAUACAGCUGCCAUCUUAAAAAAGAUGGCAAGUUAAACCUGUUGAGGUAGCCAGUCAGAACACAGGAUUUGCUUCUUCUUGCACCUUGCACAUCGACCUAGUCACAGAAUAAAAGAAGUAAAAAGAAAACACCCCACUUCUAAUAAUGUUGAUUUUGCUCGUAUUAUGCAAAUACUUGUAAAGGUCAACCACUUUGCUCAAAUUUGUCAUUUCUCGAUGUACCCUAUAUUUCAAUAACCGGCAUGUAAGUUAUUUCUUUCAGGAGCUAGAAAAUAGACAUAAAGAAGUAAUCAUUUAUCUUUCUUUCCCCAUAUCAUUUGUGCUAAUCUUAUAAAAAGCUGAUUUUUUGCUCCAGUGAUAUUUUUUAUGCACUGUUGCCCUUUAUGCUGAUAAGAGACCUAUUUUGGUACUGCGUGCUCCUCACCUGUGGGUUGUCUGAAGACUUAAUUGCAAUCCAUUUUGUAUCAUCUUAGUAUUAUUUAUUGCUAUGUUUUCCUCUCUGCAGAGGUUUCAGUAAGCACCAACAACUGACAAAAUGUUUGGUUGCUUUAUGCUUAGAGAAGUGGCCUACUUUCCUCCCUGAAAAUUGAAUCUUGGAAUGAAUUAAAAAAGAAGAUUCUGUCAAAGCGUAAAUUACAAUUCAAUUUGAUGGAUGGACAUAUUGAAUGCACUUUUACCUUAAUUUAAAGUAUCCAUUCUGAUCAGAAAUAUGUUGCGGCUCAUUGGAUUGACUCAGUCUCACUCCUAAACUGCUCCACAGUUAUUUUUGGAUUUAGUCACAUGGUAACUGUGAGAACAGGGUUGUUAUUAAGAGCCGGGGGCCGGGGAUUUCCUCCGGCUACUAAGAGAGUGGCCCCCGGCUACUUUCAUUGGAAAAUAGAAGAAAAAAGAACCAAAAGAAAUCCCUAGCCGUUUGAUUCCCCGCCUCCUUGUUGUAUUUACCCGGCAACUUGAAAUCUUAGUGACAACCCUGGAGAAAAUGUCUGGUUGCAGAGAGCGUAAAAGAUUGUCGCUCUUACUCAUACUAGCUCAUACUACUGAGUUUUGCAUUCUACUAAACUUAUAUUCAGAGUAUUUAACUUUGAGAGAUUUAAUAUUCAAAAUCCCAACCGUGAAUUUUUGGGAAAUCAAAAUCUACCAAGAUAUUUGCAAAGAAAUACAUGCUAUAGAUAUUUGCCUAUUGGAGGUGAUUUUUUUGGUGUACUGACAAACAAAAAUAAAGCAAGCAAAGGUUUAAGAAGGCUCUACAAUGUAAGUGGUUUUGAAUUGCAGACACUUGUGUCUUGUCUUUGAUAGGAUCAUAAUAAAACUUACUGACACCAGUAAUAAUGUAAUAGAUGCUUAAAAGGAAGCUUUAUUAAGCAGCUCAUAGAAAAACAGGUGAUUUAAUUGAAGUGUCAUUAUUUCCUUUCAACAGAUUUUGCUUUUAAAGCAGUUGAUUGAUUAUCUGGCCGAAGGAGAAGAUAAGGAGUUGAAAGAGUUUGUUAAGGACUUCUUAAAUCCUAAUUCAUCGGUAAGUUCAGCGACAAGAAAGGAUUGUAGAUAUUAGAGUUUCUAGCUACACACGAGAAAAGGCAAGAUGGUGCAUCAUUUUACUGGCUCAGAGAUAGUAGUAGUAGCAGUAGUAGUAGUGAACUGUUAUUAUUAAUGUGUCAAGAAUCUCUAGCUCAUAGCACUGAUUGGUGACACAAGAUUUUGGAAACUAGCUUAAUAAUUUGUACACUGUACACUUUCAAGUGUCAUAAUUGAACAUUUCAGAAGCCAUAAAACUUAUAGUAUACCACGGAUGGCUUUUCAGAAUUCCAAGGGCAAGGAGGGGGGUUGUGGGGGUUCUUUGUCUUGGAAAUCUGAAGGCAUGAGGGGAUUCGCAAUUGGAAUUCUGCGGGCAUGGGGGAUUUUAGAUCUGGAAAUAUUUCCACCUGGGACAGACAAGAGUGUAUAAUAUUCCUUGAAAAUGCUUAUUUUGUGGGCUUAAUCAGUUCAGAUUUGUGUGUUUCAAGGUUUGUCGCUUUUGAACAUCAGAGUUCGGGACACGUGUUUUUGAAAAGCGCAGUUAGUUUUACCUCAUCUCUAAGUUUUUUAUCUUUUUUACAAUUAUUGAAACAUGGCAAGUGAAAUUGUUCCUAUAGAGCUUCCAAAUCCAGAAGAAACACAGACAUUGGAGGGUGGCUGUUCCCUCUAAUAUUUACUUUUGCAACUUCUGCUCGUUAUUGCCGCCUUUAUUUGACAAACACAGUGGAUGCUAUGGUAACGGUUUGAUUGACAUCCCAGCAAAACCCAAAAUCCUGAAAUGUUUUUGACUGUAAUGACAACGCAGCUUCAGGGUUCACACAGUGUUGAAAAGUCCUUGAAUUCCAUUUUCCCUUGAAAAGUCCUUAAAUUUAUUUGCAAGUCCUUGAAAAGUGCUUGAAUUUUCUUCAACUUCAAAUGUAGUGGCGUGGAAAGUGUUUUUUGAUGCUUCAGGUUGUCCAAGACAGAAUAUAAAUCAUAGGUCAGAGAAUUUGAAGGUUAUUGACAUAAAAUGCUCAAUGUUUAAUGCAAUAAUUAAAAAGGAAGAAUUUAAGACAAGUAAAGUGAAAAAUGUAGAGAAGGUGGUGAAGCAAACAGUUCAAGUGUUAAAGCCUUAUUAGAAUAUACUGGGAAUGUGCAUUUUUGUACAAUCUGUGAAAUUAGGUGGUCCUUGAAAAUCUAAUGUGGUCCUUGAAAAGUCCUUGAAAAAUGGUUGCAAUUUUUGUAUGAACCCUGAGGUUGUGUGUUAUCCGAAACAGCUGUACAUAACCUCUCUACAAUUAAGUCCAUAACUGCAGCCACUAAGUGGCAUCCAAAGUCAAAGAAACUUCUCCACAAUGACAUACUAACUGUACUUACUUACCUUGUUUUCUCAACAUUUUUGCUCUAGCUUUUCGUCUUCUCCUUUGUGGCACAUUUUGGCUUUUUCAUUUAGGUUAAUUAACUAUAAAAAGUUUUUAAUUAAUAAAAAUGCUUUACCCUUUGUCCAAAAAAUUGGGUUCACCCUGCUGGCCCUGCCUUCGGAUAAGGGUUAGCUCUCUGUGUUUAUCCCUUGUAUCAGAGGUCCUUGACUCAGUCAAGGUCAGUCUUAAGACUUUCUUUUUCUUUCUUCAGAGAGUAAAACCUGUUGGUCGUGAUGCCAGUAAUAACAUUUAUUGGUAUUUUAAUGGUAAGUGGUGUCAUUUUCUAAACAAUUUAGGGCUUUGGUAAGUUUUUGGUACUCCCCCCUGUAAGACUUGAUACCCAGGUUUAGGGACCUGUUAUUGAAAGGUUAAUGGUUUUUAUUAAAUAUUAUUGCUUUACUAUUAAUAGAACUGGUUAUUGUACACAAUGUAUUUUGAUGAUAUUAUUGUAUUGCAUAAAAUCUGCAAAUUUGUAAUAAACACUGUUAUGAUGUAAUUACCCUAUACCUGAGAAAUUUACUGCAUCUAAAAGCAUGCAAAAGACAAGGGCAAAUAUACAGUUCAGUAACAAUGUCAUUAUUUUUCAAGACUGUCAUGCACUACGAGAGUACCAACUGAUUAACAGCAUUUCAGUUGAAUAGUCAAUGAAACCAGUAGCAAGUUUUCCCUUAAGUACAGCAAACUUUUCUUAGUUUUAAAACACUGUAGAUCUAAUGUGAAACCUUUUUGUUUUGAAUGUAUGUAAUUUGUUUACAAAAUGAUUUGUCUCUGCAAAUUGCAACUAUUUUGAAUUGUAGAAUUUAAUCAUCAAACAUGAGUUCUCCUUAUGUAGUAUAAAUAUAUUUUUUUCCUGGAGCUGAAUUACUUUUUCCUCAUACCUGUCAAUUAGAUUCUGAGAAUAAAUAAAGCUGUUUUUAUUUGAUUUUAAUCUGUUUAUUUUCUUUCUUAUUAAAGUGGGAUCAUAGUUCACACAGAAGUUUUAUAGAGUCUGAAAUAUUUUACAAUCUUAAAAUGAAGUGGAACAUUUUGCAUGCUUCAUUUAGUUUGCUUGCAAAAAUGGAGGGUCAUAUUUCUCUAAAAAAUAGUGCACUCAGACACUGUGUUGGAGUGUUAAAAUCCUGAUUCAAAUUACAAAAGCAGAACUAUUGAGUCUUUUUGUUAGCAGUCAAUCCUUCUUUUCUUGUUUUGUUAUUUUUUUCUUCUUCUGCUUUUCUUGUUAUUUGUUGAGAGAUGUUUUUUAAGCCAUUGUUUGCUCUUGCCAAACACUCUGUGAACUGGCUUUUGUCAUGGAAAUUUGUCAUGCAUUUGAGCAAUCCAAUUUGCAUACAGUUGGGCCUUUGGGAGGCUUUGUUGAUAUUGUAGCUUCCAAUGAAAGGAAGCGUAUCCCUAUAGCAGGUGACGGGCCAGUGAAUGAUCCAAUCACUGAACUUGUUCCUCAAGAGUAGUCAGUGUUUACACACUAUUUUUUGCUGUGUUCCAAUAGUAUCAAAGCAGCCACAUUGUUCUUUGGGGUUGUUGACAAGAUUCAAAUUAAAAGUCCAUUGUAUGGGUACAAGGAGAAUGCAAUUAGGCUAAGUCACAUGUCAGAACAAACAACAGAAAGGAAUAAAUGUUUCAUGUGGCUUGCAUGUUUUGCAUAUGUUUUAAAAAGUCGUUUUAAGGGAAGAAUUGAAGCUCAUGGCUUUUUCAGUUGGACUAUUUCCAAAGUGGUUUAUGGUUGCACUCUAAAAUGUAGGUAUUGUUAUCUUCUUCAAAAAUGAAAGUUCUUUUACUAUAUGUAUGGGUUAGAUUUGAUAGCUGAUUCUUGUUAAGCUUGUAUUUUGCUCUGCUGGCUUUGUAGUAGAAUAUAUAUUUUUAAUUUAGCAUAAUCUAAACUUAACUUGAUUUAGUAUGUUUGAGGUUGAAUUUUGAGGACUUUUAGGCUCUGUGACUUGGCUGUCAGAAGGGACAUGCAAAAUGUGCUUGUAACAUGUGUGAAUGAAGACUGACAUGCUUUGUCUCAGCAUCAAAGGUCUUUCAGAAUUCAUCCUGGAAGAAGUUUGAAUAUUUAUAAAAGCCCCAGUAGUUUUGUGACCAGCCAAGCAUGAAUUGUUUACAUUGCUAGAACUUGCUCACUGAUGAAACUCUUUCUGAGGAUUGUGUAGCAGAGAGUCAUGGAUGUUAAGUUGGAAAUACCUUAAGUAGAAAAUUUAGUCUUUUUUGUUUACUGUUAAACUUAUUCUCUAUGACAUUUACAGGCAUUCUGGUCUGACUGCCUUUGUAGUGGAAUAUCUCUUGUUAAAAGUGGAUCAUCUUGUAAUUACUUAAAUACUCAAAGCAGUGACAGCAGUUUUGUUCUGCAAUAUAUAAUAAUCCUGUUUAAUAGUUCAAGAGGGUAUUUCCGGGACUUAGACAUCACAGCUCGCAGAUAAACACAUCAGACCAGUUUAAUAUGAAGUUCAUAUCCAUUUUUGUUAGUGUAGAGAAGUGAAGUUUCUCACCAUCCUGGACCAGCAUUAUCAUAAUCAUAAAUAUGCAUAAAACUCACAAAUUCUUAAGGAUGUGUUCUGUUGUUCGAGUUCUUUUUAGUUUCUGCUUACAUUAUUUUAUAAGGUCAUUUAGAGUAGUCAAACUAAGACUAUUUCUGGAAUAAUCUUACCACCAUUGAAAGUGUUCUUGCAUGAUUACUCGCUUGUAAGAGUUAAAGUUAAAUCCUAGUCAUUAACUUAACAACAAUAAACAUAUUAAUUUAUAAAGAGUUGUACAAAGUUUAUAGCUGUAUAGUGCAGUUAUUGUAGAUUAAAGUGUGACAUUUCUCGGAUUCUCAUCACUGGCUAUGUUUGGUACGAUUUUGUAAUUAAUUUUUCUUGCCGAAAACCCUAAUACCACUCAGGAGAAAUCUCUGAUAUACUGGAAACACUGUGUCUCUAGUAGUCUCUGCAUAACAUUAACAUACAUGGAUGUUAUCGUGUAAUAUAGCGGGGGAUGGAAGACAUUAUAAUGUAACAUUACCCAGCUCAAUUGCACUAAACAAUAUUUUUAUCAAUCCUUACCCUGUAGUUAAUAGUGGCCAAUGAAAAGGAAAGUAAUACAAAUUCCAAAUUUCUUUCUCUUGAAUAAUGGUGUGCAAAAGUUCACUGUCAAAGAGUUUUCAUUUAAGCAGUAACAACAUAGGAUUGUCCAUAGAUUUAAAAGUAAGCUGAUGAGGUGAUUAAUUCCAUAAAAAAUAUAUAUUCAAAAGGGUCAAAUUUUUUUAGAAAAAAAAAAACAGACAUUUGGGGUAUAUAACCCUUCUUCAGUGUUUUAAAUGAAAACUGCUUCCUGACACUGAGGAAGGGUUAUACCCCCGAAAAGUCUGUUCAUCAGCUUACUAAGUACACUUCACGCUUCACCAUCUACCAUUCAUUUAAAAGUAAGCGUGAUGAAUCGUGCAGCAAUGAAGGGUUUAAACUGACCAUUGAAGAAACCGUAAUUUUGUUUAGCAAAUGUUUAUGGUCUUUUUGUUCAUAAAGUACCUGUAAAUCUUAUUUUUCCAGAUUUAAGACUUUACCGUGAAGUUUUAGGAAAGAAGGGACGCCGAACAGGGUGAGUAUUUAUCUUUGUAAAAUAUCAGUAAAUCAAUACAUCAAGCUAGAUCUGAAUGAGUUGAUCAAUAUAAAUUAUCCAAAAUCAGCCUGAUCUAUCUGUCUUUGGUUAGGAGUGGUUUUCAUGGGAUGGCUGUAAAAGCCAAACCAAUCAGUUGCAGAAAGCACUCACUUAAUUUAAGUGCCAAUGUAUUAAGCACAACAGUACUUUAUAUUUUUGAGGACGUUAUUUUAGCGUCUCUUACUGGAGAUGUGGAGAUGACCAUCUUGUGUAGUCAUCCAAGCCACAUUAAGGACACUAUUUUAGCAUCUCUUACUGGAGACUUGUGGAUGACCAUCUUGUGUAGUCAUCUGAGCCUGCACAUGAGGUGUAGUCGUUUGCAGGGCAAAGGCAAAAUCUUCAUUUCUCAGUUUUUGUUUUUUGUCAGACCCUGAAUAUUGGUCCGGUCCCGGGGAUCUUACCUGUGACCUCCUGCUGUCAAAUGCUUUAAAUCAUUUCUGCAAAGCAAAGUGAAACUUUAUCUAAACAAGUUGGCCCAUUGAUUCAAUAUUUUAUUAUGGUACCUAUAAGGGCCCUGCAUCUACAAUUUACGUUUAAAGGAUGAAACAUUGUCGGUUGCCUCUAAGCAUAAACAAGUCACGAGGAAACCCUGGCCUAAUUUGGAAACAAACGUACUGUAGUCAGAGGUUUAAAUCUAAGUUAGGUGACUUUUUACACAAACAUCUCACUUUUUGAGCGAAACACGGAGUAACUGCGCGUCCAAAAUCAAAUAUUUGAAGAACAAACAGGUUUUGUUUGAUGUCAAAUCUAAUAGGUCAUGUUUUAUCGCGACGAUAUUAAAAUACGUGUCUAUUUGAGUGCUAAUUAUAUAUAAAGUACAAGAGCACUAAUUGAGAAUACUACUCUUACGUCUCCUACUGGAGACGGGACCGUUAUUUUACAUGGUCAUCCGACGCACGCAAAGGUGUAUCCGUUUGCAAGGCAAAGGCAGUACCUUCAUUUCUCAGUUGUUUUGGGACCAUGAGUUUGGUCGGCCGGCUUAUCUUUUUUCUUCAAUAGUUUGAUAUAAAAGGUGCUACCACAAAAUCGAAAAAAAAAAACCCUACAAGACAUAUAACUAAAAAAUAUUGACGUUCUUAUGGCCAAUAAACGGGUGUGCAAAUAUGCUAAAUGACAGACGCACAAUCUUAAGAACCGAUUAAAUGGAGUCUAACUGUAGCCUGUCAUACGAUUUACAAACUAUCACUGGAAAUCAACUUCCGAAUUUUGUUUUCUUGGAGAAAAUAUUGCCUCCGGCCUACCGCCCAGGCCUUAUAAUAUCUGUAAAAUAUCUGUACAAACUUCUCAAAAUUUUUAUCAUUAAGUCUAAUCCUUACUAUACAUACAUACAGUCAUACAUACGGUUAUUGCGCUCCCUGAAAAGGGCUUUUCAGCAGCAGUGUUCAAAAUAGGUAGUUUGAAAUUAACACAAUGAAACUUGUGAGAGAAAGGAAAAAUGGUAUUAGAAAUGAAAGUUAUUUAAAAAACUAUAUUCAAUGUCUAAAACUUAAACUACGUAAAAUACGUCGGUUUAAAAACAGUUCAAAAAAGUUCCAUUGAGUCAUUUACUGAGAAAUUAAACUGAUGGUCAGUUUUUCCUAGUAUCAUCCCUUGGUGUUUGCUGGGAUUUGCUAUCAUUCCAUUGAUCUCGUACCAGGCAUUUGCUGAGCUAACCUCACGCGAGAUACGCCUUUCCAAAGAUACCGGAUCCGUAUCGGCGGUGUAGAGUUGACCAUCAUCUGCAUACAUAUUUAAUUGUACAGUUUUGAUUUGUAGGAAUAAAUCAUUUAUGAAAAUAUUAAAAAACAUUGGACCAAGAACACUGCCUUGAGGUACCCCUCGCAUGACUUCUUGCCAAUCAGAACUUGUAUCACCUACUUUCACCCGCUGCAUCCUACCUUGUAAGUAAUCUUUAAGAAGCAUACAACUUCUACUGUUAACACCAUAGGCCUUCAGCUUGGCCAGCAAGAGUCCAUGCGGUAUCGUGUCGAAAGCCUUAGAUAAAUCCAUUGAUAUCACUGCAACAAUUUGUUUAUUAUCCAGACUACGCUUCCAAUCUUCUGUUAACCUCAUUAGCGAGGUUUCACAGCUAUAGUGUCUCCUAUAAGCUGAGAUGUAGUCAGACAAUAUUUCAGAAUAGAACUGGUCUAGUUGAGAAGCAAGAAGUUUCUCAAAAACAUUAUUUAGGGCCGGUAAAACAGUAACGGGUCGANGGCUCUGUGACUUGGCUGUCAGAAGGGACAUGCAAAAUGUGCUUGUAACAUGUGUGAAUGAAGACUGACAUGCUUUGUCUCAGCAUCAAAGGUCUUUCAGAAUUCAUCCUGGAAGAAGUUUGAAUAUUUAUAAAAGCCCCAGUAGUUUUGUGACCAGCCAAGCAUGAAUUGUUUACAUUGCUAGAACUUGCUCACUGAUGAAACUCUUUCUGAGGAUUGUGUAGCAGAGAGUCAUGGAUGUUAAGUUGGAAAUACCUUAAGUAGAAAAUUUAGUCUUUUUUGUUUACUGUUAAACUUAUUCUCUAUGACAUUUACAGGCAUUCUGGUCUGACUGCCUUUGUAGUGGAAUAUCUCUUGUUAAAAGUGGAUCAUCUUGUAAUUACUUAAAUACUCAAAGCAGUGACAGCAGUUUUGUUCUGCAAUAUAUAAUAAUCCUGUUUAAUAGUUCAAGAGGGUAUUUCCGGGACUUAGACAUCACAGCUCGCAGAUAAACACAUCAGACCAGUUUAAUAUGAAGUUCAUAUCCAUUUUUGUUAGUGUAGAGAAGUGAAGUUUCUCACCAUCCUGGACCAGCAUUAUCAUAAUCAUAAAUAUGCAUAAAACUCACAAAUUCUUAAGGAUGUGUUCUGUUGUUCGAGUUCUUUUUAGUUUCUGCUUACAUUAUUUUAUAAGGUCAUUUAGAGUAGUCAAACUAAGACUAUUUCUGGAAUAAUCUUACCACCAUUGAAAGUGUUCUUGCAUGAUUACUCGCUUGUAAGAGUUAAAGUUAAAUCCUAGUCAUUAACUUAACAACAAUAAACAUAUUAAUUUAUAAAGAGUUGUACAAAGUUUAUAGCUGUAUAGUGCAGUUAUUGUAGAUUAAAGUGUGACAUUUCUCGGAUUCUCAUCACUGGCUAUGUUUGGUACGAUUUUGUAAUUAAUUUUUCUUGCCGAAAACCCUAAUACCACUCAGGAGAAAUCUCUGAUAUACUGGAAACACUGUGUCUCUAGUAGUCUCUGCAUAACAUUAACAUACAUGGAUGUUAUCGUGUAAUAUAGCGGGGGAUGGAAGACAUUAUAAUGUAACAUUACCCAGCUCAAUUGCACUAAACAAUAUUUUUAUCAAUCCUUACCCCGUAGUUAAUAGUGGCCAAUGAAAAGGAAAGUAAUACAAAUUCCAAAUUUCUUUCUCUUGAAUAAUGGCGUGCAAAAGUUCACUGUCAAAGAGUUUUCAUUUAAGCAGUAACAACAUAGGAUUGUCCAUAGAUUUAAAAGUAAGCUGAUGAGGUGAUUAAUUCCAUAAAAAAUAUAUAUUCAAAAGGGUCAAAUUUUUUUAGAAAAAAAAACCCAGACAUUUGGGGUAUAUAACCCUUCUUCAGUGUUUUAAAUGAAAACUGCUUCCUGACACUGAGGAAGGGUUAUACCCCCGAAAAGUCUGUUCAUCAGCUUACUAAGUACACUUCACGCUUCACCAUCUACCAUUCAUUUAAAAGUAAGCGUGAUGAAUCGUGCAGCAAUGAAGGGUUUAAACUGACCAUUGAAGAAACCUUAAUUUUGUUUAGCAAAUGUUUAUGGUCUUUUUGUUCAUAAAGUACCUGUAAAUCUUAUUUUUCCAGAUUUAAGACUUUACCGUGAAGUUUUAGGAAAGAAGGGACGCCGAACAGGGUGAGUAUUUAUCUUUGUAAAAUAUCAGUAAAUCAAGACAUCAAGCUAGAUCUGAAUGAGUUGAUCAAUAUAAAUUAUCCAAAAUCAGCCUGAUCUAUCUGUCUUUGGUUAGGAGUGGUUUUCAUGGGAUGGCUGUAAAAGCCAAACCAAUCAGUUGCAGAAAGCACUCACUUAAUUUAAGUGCCAAUGUAUUAAGCACAACAGUACUUUAUAUUUUUGAGGACGUUAUUUUAGCGUCUCUUACUGGAGAUGUGGAGAUGACCAUCUUGUGUAGUCAUCCAAGCCACAUUAAGGACACUAUUUUAGCAUCUCUUACUGGAGACUUGUGGAUGACCAUCUUGUGUAGUCAUCUGAGCCUGCACAUGAGGUGUAGUCGUUUGCAGGGCAAAGGCAAAAUCUUCAUUUCUCAGUUUUUGUUUUUUGUCAGACCCUGAAUAUUGGUCCGGUCCCGGGGAUCUUACCUGUGACCUCCUUCUGUCAAAUGCUUUAAAUCAUUUCUGCAAAGCAAAGUGAAACUUUAUCUAAACAAGUUGGCCCAUUGAUUCAAUAUUUUAUUAUGGUACCUAUAAGGGCCCUGCAUCUACAAUUUACGUUUAAAGGAUGAAAUUACAUUCUUUAAAAGCUCAAGAUUACAAUAUGAAACCUAAAACUAAUGAACUAAUAAUUAUCAGUGUUUAAGUUCAAGAAGAGGGGCAUCGAGAGUGCUUGGGGGGUGGGGGGAGGUGGGGGCAAACACUGUCCUAUCCCAAAGAAAAAUCAGGUAAUACAGUACUGGAAUAAUGAAAGUAUUGACCAAAGGGCAAAGAUGCCACAUUCUGCAAUAUCAUGAUUUGUGAUUAAAAUAACUGAAAUCAAGCUUUAAAUAAUAAUCUAACUUUACAGGGCUGCAAACGCUCCUAGAUGCCCCUUGUUACUGUCAUACACAAACAAUCACUGUUGGGCAAAAACCUGGCAAAAUGUUAAAAUGGUCAGUGCAAAAUGUAGCUUGUAGCUCAUUGCCACUGAUCUUCCUCAGUGGUGAUGAGCAAGGAGAAACCAGGGGUGGCACUUGGGUAUUUUUUGGCUGGGUAUGUACCACCUGGGACUCCAAAUUGGCACCCCGUUCUAAAAAAAAUUCCCCUAAAAUUGAUACCCCGAGCUAGAAAAUUAUGGGCCAAAUUAUUUUUUAUACCCCGUUCUAGAAUUCGCCCGAAAACUGAUACCCCGUUCUUGAAAUGGGCCAAUUUUUUAUACUCCGUUCUAGAAAGUUUGUAAAUUGAAAUAGCCCUGUUUUUAUAAAAAGAUAUUUCUUUAUUUGUUCGACUUAUACAUCAAAUAAAUUCUUCUUCAUAAUCAUCCGGAGUACGUUUCCUGUGCAUGUGGAUACAAUGCGGUUAAUUAUGACACAAAAUCUCUCACCAUGCACAGAACCACGCUACUAAGUCAACGAUUUCCCUUCUCCUCCCCCGGCCCUUUCUUUUGAGCCUGUCUCCAUCUCCCUCAGGUACAUUAUGGACUCGUUUCAGACUUGUGCGGGCCUAUUUAUCUAUGAUGGUGGAGUCAGCGCUCGCGGCUUGCGCCAAAAUACACCCGCCCUACCUUUUAAAACACAGGGUGCAACAAGAGUACAAGGGUUUGCUUGUUAACACAUUGAACCAUAUUUUUAAAAGCAAUCUGUCCUUGAAUAAUUUCAAAUGGCUGCUUACAAAACUGGAGCUUUUGUGCGUUUGAAAUAUUAUACCCUGUUCUAGAAAACGCCUCUGAAAUGGAUACCCCGUUCUAAAUCAGGAGCUUCAAAAUCACAACCCUGUUGGGCGGCACAUACCCAUAUAGAUAAUGUAUGGGAGUACCCCCCCCGGGGGAGAAAUGUCUGGCAUUUGCAUUUGUAAAAUGUAUCUACCUCUGAGACAACCUUCUUUUACAAACAUUUAGAGGAAAGAUCUUGUUCUUAUGCCUACUAUCAAAGCGAAAACUAAACUGGUUUGUUCCUGGGGACUGGAGCAAUACUCAGGUUCUCCAAAUAACUGAGGAAUGAAGGAGUAUGCCUUUGACCCACAAAUGGCUCGGCCUUCCCAUGGAUUGAAUGAGCACAUAGAAUGGCCGCUCCAUCUCCUGUAGGAGAUGUAAAUUGUCCACUAUUAGUAACGGUGUGCUAAAUUCUUUAACACUCAAAUUAAGUGCGCUUUUUACUGAAAAGAAUGUGAAAUUUGAUGAAGACAAUGAUUUGUGUAAAGGCUGCAAGUUAUUUCAAUACAUUCAAUUUAUUUUGGACUACCUAAAUCAGAUUUUUGUAUGGUAAACAAAUAUUACUUACUUUUCAUGUAAUUUUUGUCAUGAAGGAAAAAUAUUUAAGUUUUUUGGGGUGAGUCAAGUCUUAAAACCUUUUGGUCAAACAUUUUGUUCUCUUAUUUGAAAAUUCAAACUCCAGCUGCAGUUUCCAGAUCAGCAAUGUAUACGAUAUUAUUAUCUACCCAAAGUCAUAAAUGGAUAAUUAUUUAUAUUUGUCUAGCUGUGCAUGAUAAUUGCAAACAUGCUGUUUGAACAAAUUAAAGGCAGUAUAAAUAUACAUUAGAAUGUGAAUUGUACAUAUCCACCAUAUUAUUUUGAUCUUUUAAAACUCUUAUUCAUUUAAGAAGCUACUGAUGCUCAUAAGCUUGUAGGACGGAAAAAACUAUGAUCUCGAAAACAAUUGUGUUGUAAAGAAAUACAUUUGGAAUAUUAGCAGUGAAGUAGUUACCUCUCCGAAUUUUAUUUUAACACUUUACUAUGCAAACAAACAAUGAUGAUGUUUAUGUUUGAUGGGAAUAGCUGUACCAUAUAUGGCAGGUUGUGUCUUAAAUUUCCAUUAUUGUGAUUUGCCAAGAAAGAGAAAUUAAAUAAACCAUGAAGCUGUUAUGUUAAUCAGCCUUUUCAACCAGCUGGUGGCUCCACAAAUACUGAGUGUAGUGCUGCCAUGUGAAGCAUAUUUAAUGAAGGUGUAUAACCUGAACACUGUUAAGUCCUCUCUUGUCUUUGGCACCUUUUGUUCAGAGGCUUAAAUUCAAUGAUCAAGACACCUCACCAGCAACGGGUAUCAAAAAUGGUGCCUUCUUGAACUCGUAAAGUUUUGUUGUGGGUGAAAUUUUUCAGACGAAAAGUGGUUGCUGGGAGUUCUGAGUAGCUGAUGUGGUAUUUUACAUAUGUUUUGUUUUUCAGCUGGGAGACUGUGUGUAUAAAUUGCACCGACUGGGAAAACCUUCUGAGGUAAGAAAUUGUGAGGGUUUUUAAGGAGUUCUUGUUUAGCUGUUAUUGAGAACUGGUGAGGUUGCAAAAGUUCAAGCGAAGAUUAUUUUAAAAUGUAUCAGUAAAUGUAGUUAAUUGUUCUGUGUGCAAGUCAGUUUAUUCAUAACUGCUCAUGGUGUUCAUUCUUUCACUCGCAUGUGUAGAGUAUGAUCACCCUCAAUCUGUGAAUUUGUACUUUGAGUUGAAAUUGGGAUUUUUUUAAAGUCAAAAGUGUGAUGCAUCCAAGGCUGCAUUAAUGGUAGACUCUCUUCUCAAAGUAUAUCCCUGCCAAUCAUUUACAUCUUUUUCGACAUUAUUCUGAAAAGUUUAUUUUCACUGUGAAAUGCUGACUUGUAAGAGGAUUUAUAUUUGCUCUUGAAUGAACAAAUUUGUUUUGUUUGCAACGUGGUGAAAAAGGAUGCUUUUUUGUAAGUGGUGGGUGCAUGUAGUUUUCUUGCUGUUCUUUAAGUAUGAUAGGUUGUCAAAAGCUAAUUUAUUCACAUCACAAGACCAAAUGGGAAUGUAUUUUAUAGCUGUCUUUAAGUACGAUGGCUUCAAAUAAGUUUUCUUUGGUUGAAAAAUUUAGUAGCCAGAUGAGUUUUUGUUUUCUUUCAUGGUCCUGAGAUUCAUUAUAAUCCAAACUGGAGAUAAAGGAAAACAUAAAUUUGCGCUCAACUAUGUUGGACAUUUUUAAGCUAAACAAUGAUUUAAUUAACAUUUUCACCUUCUUUGCACCUAAUCUGCCUAUAAUAUUGUCAUGAAUGUGUUUGCAAGCAGUUAACAUUUAAACAAAAUCUACUGGAAUUUGUGACAUUUUCAGAUAACUUACUGUAAUUGUGUACAUGGUAAUACAAUAAAAGAAGGACAUGGUAUUUACUUUUUUUUAACUGCAGCUAGAAGGCAUGACCUACUUUAUUAUUGCUGCUAUUCAAUGAGUCAGCAUAUUUUACAAUACAUGACACCUGAUCCACUGUGAUUGAAUUGAAAAAUGAUCAACAAAUACUCAACCCUCCCAUUCAUACUAAUAUUUUGUUAUAAGACAAGGUAUUUUCUCUGCAAAUUUUUGAGGUUUUAGCAAAGCGGAAAUUCAAGUGUGUUUGUUAAAGAUUUUAAAAAGAGAAAUUAAUUGACCAUGAUGAAACAUACGUCAUUGAUAAUAAAAAAAGUUGAAUUAGCAAAUAAGUAAUAACCAAUUCUAUGAAUAGAUGUGCUAUUGAAUUCUCUAUGACUAUCAAUUUCAAUUUUAUUGUCAUUAGAUGUAAUAAUAUAUUGUUAUAAUGAAACUAUUUACCAAUAUUAGAAUUAUUACAGGCAAACCUCCAUUUCUACUACUUGUGUCAGGGAAUAUUUUAGUUUCUGAUGAGUUGUAGCCCUGAAAUUUCAGUUAAUUUUAACGUCUAAUUAAUGCAGCAAGGUAAGGAAAUAAGCAUAAUUUAACUGUGUUUCACAGGUAUUUUAUUGAUGAUUUAUUCGUUUCAACAGUACCUUUCAGAAGAGUAGUAACAGUAAUGAGAAAAAGUUGUACAAAUACCUGAAGAAUGAGCUCUACCCAUCUGUGAUGCCAACAGUUAAGGUCAGCUAUAAUAAGUUUGUUUAAACAGCCAUUUUUUGUAGUUACGGGUUAUGCCUCUUUAAUCCAAAAGUAACUUCCCCGGCAGUUGCUGAAACAAUGGAUAGCGCUAUCCACCGUAUAAAUCAAUAUCCAGUGGAUAAGUAUUAGGAAAACCAAUUGCACUAUCCAGUGGAUAGAGAUUUAUACGGUGGAUAGCAUUACCCACCUUUUGAACAAUUACUGGGGCCAGGUAAAUCACUAAUCCUGUGGUCGAAAAGUAUAAGCCAAACCAAUGGCGUUAUCCACUGGAGAGAGAUUUAUCCAGUGGUAACACUAUCUACCUUUUGAGCUGUUCCCGUAUGGCAAACAUACCUGAAUUUCUGGUGUCUAAGAUUGAGAGCAUUCAAAAAGGAGCUAUGCAUAUCAUUUUUGCUAUGUGUAGUUGUGAUGAGGCAUUAUCUGGACUUUCUCUCACUACAUUAAAUGAGAGAAGAGUCCACUUGUGUCAGGUCUACAUUGCAAGAUUAAGAACGAAAACCACCCGUUACACUUUAUUCUCCCUAAGCUUCUCCAUGAGCCCCCACGCCAAUGGAACCAGGCACCUGUCACACUGAUUUAUCAGUGUGACAGGUGCCUAGUUCCAUUGGAAAAAUGAAGCGGGGGAGGGAUGGGGGUAAAAGAAUGAUCAAAAGGCUAAACAAAGAGAGUGCCCGCCAGGAAAACGUUGUACUAAGUACAUUGAGGUAAUGAAGCAAGGCCGACUGCACUUGAGCCAAACGAUUGACUGCUGACUAUGUCCUUGCUCCUCAUUUUUAACUGUGUUAAAUAAAUUUAACUUCAUUAUAAUUAUUACAGUGGUAUUACAGGAAAUUAAUGGCUUAUCACUCUCAUAUGGCCUGAAAGUUCAAUGUCUACUACUUGAAAAAAUGUUGAGAAAAUAAGCACCCUGCAGGAUAGCCACCUCUUCAUUUGCCUAUAAUUUUACUCCCAUUUAGAAGUAUAGCUGUUAUCUCCUAGUUCUAAAUGGGCUUUGUGAAUACUUGAAUUUUCAGGAAAAUGAGAAAGAAAAGAAACUGGAGACUGUAACGAAGGAGAGCCCCUUAAAGGCUCAUCACAAGGUAUAUUUACAGGACUCAGCUAACUUGACUGCUAUUUGAUAGCUGCCUUAUCAUGUCCUUAUUCAGUUAGGGACUUGUCAGAAAUUAGCAGGGGGGGAGCGGGGGUAGGAAUUUUAAAUUUGGGUUCGGAAAUGAGGUGACCCAUCCCUGCAAUGGAAGUAAAAUUUGCUAACCCUCCCCUUGACCUUCAAUGGCCUAAAAUAUCAUGACCCUCCCCCUCUUUUAUAAAUGAUAAAAUCUAGUUCUUGCAAUACACUAGGGUGAGUCAGUAUUAUGAAAGCUCAAAGUAUAUUUCUAAUCUGUUCUUUGUAAUGCCAUAUACAUACAUUUUAGAUGACAGAAUUAAGAGUCCGACUUUGAUUCUGACAGCUGAUCACUCGACUCUCCUAUUUCUCCCAAUUUUUUUUUUACAAAAUAAAGAACUUCUUUUUUCUCCUGUGGGUGAACCUCUAGAUGAUCACGGACACAUAUUUGCAUGACCCUCCCCCUUUUAACGGCCCAUUUUUCAUGACCCCUCCCUUUUCUGCAGUCUCAAAAAGUUGUGACCCUCCCUCUGUUUCCACCCCCCUCCCCUCCUGCUAAUUUUUGACAAGUCCGUUAUGCUAUUGAAGUCUGGGCUUCAGGGUGCAAAGAAAAUCAUUUUUGCAGAUUGCUAUUCAGGCAAGCUGAAGCUAGCAUUUACUAGCCCAAACAUCAUUUCAACGAGCCCCAAAAACUUUUUGAUGAGCAGAAUUGAUUUCACAGUUCUUCUUCUAUUUGAAUUCCCUCAAAAACAUCACUUGCCCAUUGGGCAGGAUAAGAACAGAAUUCACUAGCCUGAUGGCAAAAUCCACUAGCCCUGGGCUAUCUACUUUCUUUGCCUGUACUUAUGAUAGUAAAUACCUUUCUCAGAUAGAUAGGUCUUGUAAGUGUGCAGUCAAAUAUGGCUAUACUGCUAAGUUAACUCCUAUAACUGAUUAAAUACCAGAAAGAGAUUUGGAGUUAUGGAAGAAGGUGACCAUUGACAAUCACUGUUUAAAUGAAUCAUUCUUCUCCCCAUGAUGCUUAUGCGGAAUCUACGAGACAAUGUCAUGAUUAAGUUUUGUCACUUAUUAGGACUGAAAGGUUCAAGCGAUGUUUUAUCAAAAGAUCUUUUUAAUUUUAUUUGAUUUUUUAUGUACAGGUUAUAUUUUAGUAUUAUAUUAUUAUGCGAUUAUUGUUAACUCACAUGUACGCUUGUGGGUGUUAUUUUCAAUAUUAUUUUCAUCAUCAUUAUUAUAUUGAACAGAAAUACAGCUUAUCUUCAGUUAUUUAAUUAUAAUUAUUUAACAUUAUUCCUCAUGCCCGAAUGGGAUCAGAGUCAAUAGCCCAUGAGGCCAAAGGCCGAAUGGGCUAUUGACUCAGAGGCCAUGAGGGCGAGAGGAAUAAUUGUUUUAGUAAAAUCCAACUAGCUGGUCAAAAAUAUCGAGACAAAACAACUUUAGCUGGUUAAAGCUAGACUUUAAUCCCUUUUUUGCCACCAAAAAGCUGGCGCUUUCGCUACUAGAGGGCUACAACAUAUAGCCUUGUAGUAGCUCAACCAAUCAAUCUUAUCUCAGACUUUUCAAUAAACAACUUUAGGGAGCCAGGACGUUUUGAACCUGUGAAACCUAAGGUGUCUAAAAUCUUAAGUUUUGUUACCUGUAAGUAAUAGCAUAGGCCACUGGAUACUGCUAACAUACAGUGCAGAUAAACACGAGGAGGUUCAAACACAUCCCUCCUCCAACCUGCUGGGCUUGAUAGAUAUUUGUACUAUUGACAAAGUCAGAUGAAAUUAAUUUACGGUCUUUCCAUAAGACCGAAGCUAUCAGACAACACUUUUUUGGUGCCCUGUAUUGGAACUAAAUAAUCUUAUGUCUUAUCCUGCUAGUGUACAGUUGUACCAAAUCAUGAUCAACCUAUUUUUGUAUCCCUUUUCCAGAUCUCUUCAGUUCUGUAUAUACCUGUAACUGCUGUAUUUAUUAGUGUGCAUUUUUCUUGUGUAUUUAAUACAGGUAGCUUCCAAACGUAAAACAGAUAAAAAUGCUGUUUUGAAAAAAGAGGAAGAGAAGGAGGAAACAAAGGUAUAUUCUGUAGCUGAAAAAUACCAGUACAUGUGCUCAAAUUUAUUUAUUGAGGAAGCAGUGUGGGGACAUGGCUAGGGCUAUGGUUGUCCACAUUUUGCCAGCAUAAUGUUGAGCAUAAUAGUGAGGCAAAAGAAUUGAGCAUUGUAAUGGAAUAAAUUUGUAACUUGUCAAAACGUUGCCAAACAGUAAGAUUUCCAUGUGAGAUACCAGCUUGAAUAACAAUUUUAAGACCAGGCCUGGUUAGAAAUUUUUUAAUAGCAAGUUCCAAUUCUGCAACAUUUGUCAGCGGACUCCUUAGAUGAGUCAUCUGACAAUCGAGCAGGGAAAAUCAUGCAAAGAGCAGUUUUGCAUUAAUUAUUAUAAUGGAGCAUGAAAAGCAAAGACAUUUUUUUGGUUUAGAUUAAAGAAUUAGCAUUAUUGUGUGAAACAUUGAACAUCAUUUGGACAGCCCUACUUAAGGCUCUGUACAUUCAUACCAAAGAUCCUAAGUUUAAAUCAGGUCCUGAUUAAUGGCUAGCCUGUAGAGCAGACAUAUACUACUUUGGUAAAGCACUCAGUAGCUAAUCUUCCCUCUCUCCCUCCCUCCCUGUGUGUGUGGUAUCCAUCUCUGAUGUUGAAAGGAGUUGAAGGUUGAAGAUAGAGUAGAAAGGGUGAUUUGUAGUGGGGGGAGGGGGGUAGGGGAUAUGAUGUUUCUAUGUUUGACUUAUCCCCUACUUAAAAUAACCCCAGUAGGUGUGGUAAUAUAUGAAAACUGAACCACGACAGUACUAUUUUUUGUACAAAGUUUAUGUUCAGUACAAAGGCUGGGGCGAUUGUAUGAGAGGGGGAUGGCAGGGGGGAUGUAGCUUCCAGCACCUUCCCUUACCUUCAUCAUUCAUUAGAGUGCUGCCUUUUCUUCUCUUACACCCUUGUCACAGUUUCUUACAUUGAUGGUACAGGUUUUGAGAGACCUCUUUGUUAUGUCAAUUAAAGCUCUUUUCUGCUCUUUUCACUUACACAACAAGAUUGCAACAACAGAAGAUAAAAAAAGUGCACCGUCAGAACAAGACGAGGAGGACACGACAGAAGAAGACCAAGAGCAGGAGGAGGAGAUCUCAGACGCUGACGAAGACUUUGACCCAGACGACGAGGAAGAUAGCCCACCUCAAAGAAAGAAAAGAAAGCUUCCAGCAGCGGCUCUGCAGCCAGGGCAGCAGCAGCAGCCAAGGAGGAGGGGCCGACCACCUGCGAGUAAAGGAGCAGUUACAGAUUCCCAAAAAGUAGUGGAAAAAAUUGAGAGAAGAAGGAAAAAAAGUGAGCAGGAACAGGAACAACUGGAAAAAGAUAUUCAGGUGGUUAAAACAAAAAACAAACUUAAUGACAUUUGUCAUGUUAACUGUUGUAUGCUUGUAAAUCUCUUGGCAAUGAAGAUUAACCAGCACAUUGCACUAGGCGAAACUAGGAGGUUGAUGAUUACAUUGAUGAUUAUAGAGUAGCUGUUCAAAUGUAUGUGUAAAAGACAUAGUGCGGCAACGUGAAAUUCAAAAAUAACAUGCAGUGCAGAUAUGGACUAGUACCUUUUAAGCAUUAGCAGUACGAAAAAUGACACAGCAUGACCGGUUUUUAGUUAAUUUAAUAUUUUUUCUUCAGUAAGAAUGUUUCAUAAACCAAUCGAGAAAACUGGGCUAGAGGUUUGUUAAUAGUAUUACAUGUUAUUUGAGGUAGGUGUCUACUUGAACCGCUUUUGUUUUCUUUAGGAGAGAAAGCAACUGGAACAACGUGUGGAGGAAGAAAUGCAGAAACAAGAAUCAAUAAUAAGCGCAGUUGGUGGUGAAUCAAGAGCGAAAAGGCGCUGUGUUAUCAGGCGUGAACAAAUGAGCAAGAAAAAAGAAUGGUGGGAAGAAGAGGAGCUUGGGUUCGAGUCAGAUGAAGACAAUGAAAGAGAGAUAGGUACAAAUAUCACAUCUCAACAACUUGUUCCUUGCAACUGGGGCCCGUUUCUCGAAAGGCCCGGAAACUUUUCGGGCCCAAAGGCAAAUUUUAAAAUCAAAACCUGUUGAAGAGAAGCACAGUUUCUAGCUCACGAACCAGUCAAUUUUGCUUCGUUAACUGAUAGUUUUAUUCUCUCAUUUUCAAUAUUAUUGAAACUUCGAUCUUGAAUGCAAACACGGCAAACAUAAAACAGCUUUCCGGGCCCGAAAAGUUACCGGGACUUUCGAGAAACGGGUCCUUGCUCGUAAGGUGUCACCAAAUAUUUCCAUUGCUUUAAGGGCUAGAGUAGCAAACCAAUUGGCCUUUGAAAUGGUAAUUUCUUUGUUUGUGUUGUCCCGGUGUGUAUCACGUGACUGAUCAACAGCAAGAGGUUAAUGACUAUCGGCCAAUGAGAAUAGAGACAAUGAAAUCCCACUAUUGUGUACAUAUGCACUAUUGUACUAUUGAUAUGUGUACAUAUUCAGAUCUAUGAACAUCCUCAUUUACCGCUCUGAUCGACCCUGACAGUGUUUUUUUUAUUUUUUAAUUUUAAGAUUCAGAUAACUCAGAUGGACCCAGACGUCGGAAGAAACUAAAAUUUCCAAAGCCAGCUGAAAUGCCUGAGCCACCCAAUAGGAUUUACGUGUUUUCAACGGGUCUUGCCAACCGAGCAGCGGAGGCUGUGCAAAUGGGUAGAGUGGAAAGUAUUUCUUCGUUUCACAGGGCGCAGCCAUCCAGUUCGCCAUUUCUUAAAGUUGAACAAACGAACGUUUUCGGCAAACAAAAGCCUUUCUACCCACAGCAGUACUCCAUGAGGAGUUCUGUUGGUCAUAUGGGGGGACAAAUGGCAAGUCUCUCAGCAGGGAUGACAGGUGGUAUGCAGUCGAAUGCUGUCAGACCUGGUUACGGAACUUCUCAGUGGGAUCAGAUGCAGGCUCAACAGUCCAUGUACAAAGACAGGCAGCGGCAGACACAGUCGCAAGCUAUGGAAGACAUUCACCAGCUCUUGUUUGGAAACUCGCACAGCAGCAACAGUCAGGCUACAUCAGGAGUGAAUGGAAUGUACUCUAGAAGUGGUUAUAACCAGCAGGGAGGGGUGGGAGUGGAACAGUCUGGUUCCUUCACUGGAUAUCCUCGAAGUGCGGCUCCCCAACAAUCAGCACCUUAUAUGGAAAGACGCACGUCUGACAUGCGCGGCCAGACUACACAGCAGUCGCAUUUUCCCGCUUUCAGUCAACAGGCAAGUCAACAACAGCAAGGAUACUUUCACAGACCGAGACAUCUUGGAGGCCAUCCGGCCCAAGGAAAUUCAAAUUCACCGUCUUCGGAUCCCUUAGGGGCUGGAGUGCGCUCCCCACCGCCUCCCUACCCUGGCGCUCGACCACCCGACGCGAGACAUACAAAGAACAGUCCAGUACCAUCGCCAACAAAUACAGGAUCACCACACACUCCACAAACGCCACUAACACCACAAACACCACGAUUCCCUGGCCCGUCACCCAGCGAACCUAGUAAACCAACAUUCUCGCCUUCACAUCCACAAGGAAGCAUGGGUGGUCCGUCGAUGGCCAACUACCCUGUGCAAGGAGCACAGGCUGGGCAGCCUGGGCUUAAAGCUGAAGAAAGACCUAUUAACUCUCAACCUCGUCCCGGGUUUAUAGACCUAUCUAGCAAAACACUGUCACAUGGGAUACAAAAUCCAUAUUCAUCAGUGAUGGGCAAUUACAAUCAAGCUCAUUCGCCUUUAGAUCGUAGACCAGAGGAAAACAAAUCGCCUGCAUUUGGAACACAUAAUAAUCACGAAAGUCCGCUGCAUUCGCCUACCGACCGUUCACCAGCUUCUCAUUUCGCCGCCGCUUGUGGACCGCCCAACAAGAGUCCAUUCAUGCGCCCGCCAGGUGGUCAACCCAACCUUAAUAACAGUACAGUAUUUGCGACAACAGGUUCUACUAUACAAGUACCAAAGUCGUUUUCGGUAGAGAGCUUGACCGCACCCAGCCAGCCACACUUGGACAGGAGUAGCAUUCCACCUUCACAGUUAUCUGAACAACCAAUGCCUCAGUACAGCAGUCUUUAUUUUCCUUCAAAUAAAUAUCCUCCCGUGUUUGGACAGCCACAAUACCAGUAUCCUGCUCACAUGCAACACCCUGGAGCGUUUUACAACUCUCAACUGACGCCCAAUAUGUACCUGGGAAGGGCUUCGCUCCCUGUGUACCCACCAACCAGGGACGCUGGUCUUUAGUCUAAGGCGUGGCUAAGUCAGCUAAUUCUUCGCUGGUGAAACAGUGGUAAUUAUCAUGAUAUAAAAAAGCUGCCCUUUGCGGGUUUCUAACGAUAAGAGCAAUCCAAGAUAGAGAUUGGAUAUUACAGCUUAACGUUGGAGAAAGUAAUUGUUCGAUAAACUGAGAUAUCCGCGAAUAGUUUGGAUUACCAUUUUGACCAAGGCAGACAAUACAGUAGAAUACAUUAAUCUGACAUUACAGAGCAUAUACAAGGAUCGUUGACAAUAAAAUACGUGUCUCGCAAGGAAGGCAGUUAUUGGUGAUGAGCAAAUUUUGAAGGUUUUCCUGUGCAUCUUUGUUCCCAUACGACUGACUUUGCAGAGUCUCCGCGGCAUCACGACAGAGAAAACUGAGUAAGCCACUUCCUAGCACGUAAAACUGUCAUGUAAACAACUUGUGCAUGUUUAUUAAGUUGUAACUCAUGUUGUGUUACCAUACAGUGAGUGUAGCAACCCAUUAACAGCUUGUAGUAGUAAAGUGGUUGUCUACCACAGUUACCAUAAUCAUCUUCAUCAAACCCGGACCAGUAGCUCAGUAUCUGUAAGGAGCAGCUAUAACGUACCGCACCAGCAUUCGGUCACUCCCUCUGUAAAGGGGGAAUGCAAGUUAAGUUGUCUUUUUAUAAAGCAGUAGUUAAAAGUAUAGAUUGAGUUAUGAACUAAACUUACCAGGCUGCGAACUCUUCCUCAUUUUUGACGUACACGAGCAAAAAAGGAAGAACAAGAGUAGCACUUUUAUUCAACACUCCACGGGAAACUUCGAAAAAGGAAGAGAUCGCAGUCUUUUGCCUAAAUCAGUUUUAUAAAUUUUAUUUCAUUUUGUUGCGUUUUAUAACUGAUUCACAGUGCACUUUGUCAGUAGGAACGGUAAACCUUACAUGUUUAUAGUCAUUUAUUUUUAACGCCCAUUUCAGCGAGUGUUAUUAUAAAUUCGGUGAGCUGUAGAUCAUUCACAGAGGGGAAAGUAACUGCAAAAAGCAUGCAGGCGUCUUUGUGUGAUAUUUUCUGAGUAACACCUUUGCUUUGCCAUUCGCUCCCGAAAUGUUUGUGGUGUGCUCGUCCCUUAAAGGAAAAUUAUAAAGUUGAUUCCUUUAAUCACUUUUCCAGAUAAAUUGCAGUGUAGUGAAUUCAGUUGAGCGUAUACAAAACCUCGUGCACUUUCUCCACCAAUCAAAGGUAAAAGGAAAACUAGUCGUUGGCCGAGUGCGGCAUUUUUUUUGAUAGGCAAAAGGGCUGCAACACUCCGUGGAAAAGAACCGACAUCUGAUACCGCCCUGAGGUGAACUCCUCGUGCUGUGGUGUUUCCCCUUUUUUUAUUUUUCUGUUAAAAUAACGAAAGAGAAGAGUAAGGAUCAUUCAUAAGUGUCUGCAGUUUAAAUGUAUGAAGAUUUUGUAAACAAUGUUGGAGGGUGUUUUCAUGCUUCUCGAUAAGCUAUUUCUGUUUUGGCAUGAAAAUGAACUCCUUUUUAGGCCUUCUCCAGGACCUCCUACGGGUUCUGAACUAUAGAAUCUAUUCAGACAGAUUGUGUUAACGAAGGGGUUCUUUUAACACGCAAGUUCCUUUAGUAGAUAACUCUGUUAGCUGAAAACGCUACUCCUGAGAAUAAUUUAAAAACGUCAAGUAACAAGCUUUCACUCUCGGAAACUUCAGAGGCAGAGUUGAGGCAGAGUUCAGAGUUGAUUACUAAAUCUUAGCAAUUUCGUUUUACGCGUAUUUUUCCGCGCAUGUUGUAGCUUUGAAGUGUGCUAAGAAACGUUCUCCAGAACAUCGGAAGCACUCAGACACCAACAGACAUUUUACGAUUUCCGUUGGUUUUCUCUUGUCUUUCAGGAUUCCGACCGUGAGCGUCCUUGUUAACGGGAUUAAAAUAUAUGAAUUAUGAUUAGAUUAGUUUAAAGUGUUAAAUGCUAGGCAGCCUCGUUUCCAGAUUUUCCAUAUGAUAGUUAUGAUCCUACACGACAUCAGUAUUUUGGCCGCGAGGGAAAUACUCUGGAAACGAGGCUGCAACGGUAGGUUACGGUUGUUUACCAUUUACACAUAGUUCCAGGAAGUCCGAUUGGAAAGUAAAUUUAAGACGACUUUCUGGGUCGUUUCAGCAGAAAAUUUCCAGAAACAACGGAAGAUCAGAAAAGGUACUCCUGUUUUUCCAGACGGAAUGUUCCAAACGUAACCGUCUUUGAUACCAGUCUCAAGCCUUCGCGGCCAUUUUACGAUAACUGAAACUGAUUUGUAGAUAUGGUAAACGUGAUUCCCGGACGGAAUUUUGCUUACCAUUCGCCCAAAUCGUGAACCGACCAGUUUGUCCAUGUAAAUGGUAAACAACCCGACUUUGACUGUUUGGUCAAAUAUUGUAGUGUUUUAUCCUUGGCAAACGAUGUUUGCAAACUAAGCAAAUGAAUGAAAUAACCACGCAUUCGAUCCCUCGUUCUUACAAUCCAGAAUUUGACCUAGUUACCGCAUUAUUCUCUAUUUCCAUAAAAUGUUACAAGAUUUUAUAACUUCAAAGUAAUGAUUGUUGUCCCACAUGAAUCACACUCGCAUUAGAGUAACGGUCUUGGGUUUUAUCAUAACGGAGUAAAAUUCCCAAAGUUUAUAAUGUGUCUCUUUAUCAAAGUGUUUUUU